AGUCAUCAAAGGUCACAAACUCUGGGAGACAGCGGAAACUUCAGAAGAGGCGUCUUCUGCCACAGGAUGUUUUCCCUCAUGAGAGGAUGUGUGAGGCUCAGUCACUGCAGCACCGUGGGAGUGCUUCAAUCAGUGAGGAUGUGAUGCAUUACAGUGCAUACGGAACGUGCUUGACGAUAUCGGAGCAGCAGAUCAGAUUUCUCUUGCGGCGUACAGUCAAUGCAGUUCGCUGAAGGAGCUUGGGAGUUUUAGGCCAUGAGGGAGUUCAUCGUCUGGGUCCAGAAGAUCAAGAUGAGAGCUUGCUGGAUGUUCCUGAUGCUCCUGAGCUGCAGGUUAUCUCAUGCCGCCAAGUCCCAGGACAGCUGCGCCUGCAAAGACCAGAUCAAGAUAGUCUGCGUGCCUGCUGGAGGCGAUGUGCCCGUGCCCUGCCCGAAGUUGACCGGCGAAGACGUGAUAUUCAACCUUUUCAAGGACGACGAAGUGAUUUACAACCACACGUGCAUCGGUGACAAGCAGGCCCCGGACUGCAAACCACAGUACACCAGAGCUGGCGUGAAGCUGCUUGAAAACACAGACAGCUUCAUGCUCACCAGGGUGAAUGCCAGCAGCUACGGCAUCUACGGAUGCGAGGGCAUACGCAUAUUCCCUCCGCCCUUCAUAAAAAGUACUCUGUGGAUGCAGCUGCUCGUAGAAGGAUACCAAUGCAACUUCCACAGAGACCACAGGACACCUGGAGAUCAACAAGAUGGCUUUCUCUGGAUUUGGAUUCUGGGGCUGGCACUUCUUUGCACCUACAGCGUCAUCAUCACCAUCGUUGCAGUCAUCAUCUUGGUCAAGUGGAGGACGUUGGAUAUCCAGAGCGACUACAUGAACACCAAACCCAAAGCACACAAGGACUGCAGGAAGAAAAGAGGGCUUCAAAUUCCUAUACCACGUCACUUCUGAUCCCCAUUUGCACAGGCAUUAGUUUAGAUGCAAACACACUGGGGGAGAAGUUUUGUUAAGUGCCUUUUUAUUGUCAGUACUCGUUAUGUGUCUACACAGCAAAAGUAGCAGUUCUUCCAUUGGCAGUUUUUAAAACAUUUUUUUUAAUAAAACAAUAAAUAGAUGGUGUUACCCAA